ACACUCGUCCGAAAUCCGUAAUGGCAGCUACAUACGCCUGGUUCUUGCUGCUCUGCCUGGGAGGCUGCGGCCUGUGCGAGGCUGCAAUCCGACCAGCUUUGGAUGCGCCUGGCAAUGGAGCAGUUGGACCCGUGGGACCGCCACCGAACCUGGCCCAGGAUCUAAUGGAUAUCUUUAACCUAAUACAGUUCAAGCCCAUGAAUCAAUUGUUUGUGCGCUAUCUGCUCAACGAUGCCCAGUUCCAGGCGUUUGUACGCAUUCUGAACAGUAAUGCGGGCUUCAUGGCACACUGGCGCCUGCUGGCCCAGCCGGAGGUUGUGCUCUUCCGGCAAUGGGUCAACCAGCAGCUGUUGGCCUCGAGUGGCAAAUUCGAGAUGGAGGAGCUCGAGGUGUGCAUGACGCUGGUCAAUCGCUAUCCCUACUUGUCGGGCACCGUCUACGGCUGGCAGGGAUUCCUUAACGAGCUGGAGAUGUACUUUCCGCGCUACGCCAUUAGCGCCCAUAUCCAGGCCAAGGUGCAACUGAUGGGCAUUUUCGCGCAGUUCUAUCAGCGUCUGGGCGCCCUGAAGGUCGUCUACGAUCGUUGGGUGGCCCUGCCCGCCACACAGGCGGUGCUCGCCCAGCUUCAGGCGGAGGGGAUAGACACCACACAGCUGGAUACCAUAAUCCGUGAACUGUUUGGCUGGCAGGCUACCAACGGAACAGCUACGACCCUGCCCUCGCCCACGCCCACUGUGCCGUCUGGCGCUGUCGUCAUGCCUGGAGGCUCACUAAUCCUCUAACUAAAAUGGCCCAUGUCCAUAUGUAUAUUUCUAUUUGUACAUCAAUAUAUGUGAACAUAUGUACUUACCCAAAAAAUUGCAUCCAAUAGUA